AUGAAGGCCUCUCUUCUCUCUCUUGUCGCCGCGUUUGCGGGCACGGCUACUGCACAGGUGCAGGGCAAAGCCUUUGGCUUCGCAGCUGGCACCACUGGUGGUGGCUCGGCUGCCCCCCAGUACCCUUCCAGCAUUGCUCAACUCAAGGAGUGGCUCACAGACAGCACGGCCCGAACCAUCAUGAUCGAUCGCACCUGGGAUUUCCGCAACACCGAGGGCACGACCAGCGGCAAAUGUUGCAGCGAUAAUCGCACGACCAAGUGUCCUGGCGGCACUUCAAAGGGUCAGGCUUGGAUCCAAGAUACCUGCGAUGCUGCUAGUGGUACCUGGGUUGACUGCACGUACGAUAAUGCUGCCAAGAACCCUAUCGACAUCAACAGCAAUAAGAGUCUCGUUGGUGUCGGUACCAAGGGCGUCAUCAUUGGCAAGGGUUUCCGUGUUCGAGGUGGAAAGAGCAACGUCAUCAUCCAAAACGUCCAUAUUACAAAUCUCAAUCCCCAGUACGUAUGGGGAGGCGACGCCAUCACCCUUGAUGGUGCCGACAAGGUCUGGAUCGACCACUGCAAGAUCUCCCUCAUUGGCCGUCAGUUCAUCGUCUCCGGCUGGGGCGCCGCAGGCAAGGUGACAAUCUCCAAUACCGAAUUCGACGGCAAGUCCGAGUGGUCUGCCGGCUGCAACGGCAAGCACUACUGGGCCGCCCUCCUCAUCGGCGCCAAGGACUACUAUACCUUCUCCGGCAACUGGCUGCACGAUGUCUCUGGCCGCUCGCCUCACAUGGGAACGACGAAGACCGCCGUUAGCGAGAUCCUCUUUCACGGAGUCAACAACUACUUCCAGAACGUCGGGGGCCACGCCUUUGACAUUGACGGCAACACCUGGGUCCUCCUCGAGGGCAAUUACUUUGACGCUGUCACGACUCCCGUCACCCCCGCCACUCUGACCAAUGGAGGCAACAUCUACAUCGUCAACACCGUCGAGGAGGCCUCUCGCUGCACUUCUUACCUGGGAUACAUCUGCGAGUGGAACCGGGCUCGUGACUCUGGUGUCGUCAGUAGCCUGACCAGCACCGCUGCCCUCACCAAGCUGGGCGGCUUCAAGUCUUCGCUCAUCGGCCACAUCGGUGUUGCCGAUGUUCCUGCCAAGGUCAAGGCCAACGCUGGCGUUGGAAAGACCACGAGCACCAAUGCUUAG